UUCCAAAGUCUUUAUUGUGGUAAUCGGUGCUUCGCGUUAGCACAAGUUGACAGCGGUGCUCUGCCCGCAGUCGCAAUGCAGCGCAUAUUCCCUCAACACGCGCACGAUGUGUACCGCGGCGUGCCGCUGGUGUAUCCGCGCGAGAUUGACGACGUCUGCGAGCGUAUCCGCGAUGCAACAGACGGCCUAGGCGUGGACGAGAAGGUGCUUGUGGACGCGCUGAGCUCACUGUCGGCGAGUGAUCGAUCGCUGCUUAUCUACCGAUACAAGGACCUGUACCGGGAGGAGCUCAAGGACACGUUGGGCCGCGAUACCGUUGGCGACUUCCGCUUGCUGCUACUGCUGCUCACGAUGCCGCUGCCUGAGGUAGAGGCGUUCAUACUGAACGUGGCCACUUCAGGUAGUGGCACGAAAGAGCGACUGCUUUACCCGAUCUUGCUGGGACGCACGAAUGAAGAGCUGUCAAUGCUCAAGUCGACGUACUAUUACAUCUUCAACAAGGACCUGACCUGGCUCAUGCGCUCGGAGCUGAGCGGCGACUACCGUGAGAUCAUCCUGCUGGCGCUUGAGCGUCUGCAAGUCACAUAUGACCCAGAGUUCCACACGUACGAGAAAGCCAAGGCGGACGCCGUCAAGCUGUACGACGCUGGGGAAGGUCGCUGGGGGACGGACGAGACCACGUUCGUCCGUAUCCUUUUCUCCAGUCCGCGUGAGCACCUCGUGCUGGUGAACGACAUCUACAAGAAGAAGUACGUGAGCGACCUCGAGGAGGCUGUGCGAGGCGAGUUCAGCGGCUACGCGACCGAGGCGCUCGUGUUCUACGGUGCGUUGAUAGCAAAGUUCGACCAUACUUCUUGUCGCUGCUGCUGUACACUAUCAGCUAACUAACGAUGCUCGACUUGUUCUUUGCAGUCCGCCUGGCACUGAAGCCGGACAUGGCGAUUGCCAUCCACUUCGAGCGCAUGAUGAAAGGUCUUGGUACGGACGAGAAGGGUCUGAGCGCGGCCGUGAUCCGAUACCACUGGAUGCAGCCUCGUGUUGAGCAGCUGUACGAGAAGCUGUAUGGACGUUCACUCGAGGAGCGGAUCCGCACCGACACGGACGCCAACUACGGGGACCUCCUGGUCACAUUACUGCAUAUCCCGACUGAUGACGACGAGAGCAGCAGAAAUAGCGACAGCGACAGUAGUAGCGGGAAGGAGCCUGAGAAUGCUACCUAGGAACCAGGACGAUGGUUCUCACCCCCACGCCUGUGAUGCGCGUUGUUUCGGGCUUCAUACUCCGACUCAGGCGCGAUAGCAGGUUGCAAAUUUAAUUUGUUUAAAAAAAAACGAGUUGCGCCUUUGUAUGGUAACAUCAGCCCACGCCACCAAGCUUGCACCCAAGCGCGUUCCCAAGAAAUCAAUAGCGGCAGUUGCUUUCCAAGCUGCUCCACAGCACAGCACGAUCUCGUAAAAGUGUCAAAGUUUUCUACCGGCCUCAUCGAAUGAGGCCGGAUGAGGAAUAUUCGUGAACACGGGUGCACCUCCGCGAGCGCUCGCCGUGAAACGCUAAGAAACCAGAAGAAACCAUUGACGUUUCAGUCUGAAUUCAGGUGCGACGAUGGUGGCGUCAUGACAGCAAGCCCGGUAACUGUGAACAGCAAAUGCACAUUAGGUUCAGUUGCAUACACUGCUAAUAAUGCAGCUAAAAGGUUACUAGCUGCAGCUGUAAUAUAGCAGAGGCUAAGCUGCUCAGCACUCGACCACCAGAGAGCUGGACGACGUGCAGGGUACUGUGUUUCAGGUACACUGUACCGAUACACUCAUCUGCAGAGUGAU